UCAGCGCCUGAGCGCUGCUGUUCCUGCUGAUUGUAAAUUUUAUUUUAUUUUUUAUAAAUUACACUGUAUAUAAAAUGUGUUACGGUGACUUAUAAAAUUUACUAGGCAAUCCGUUAUUGUUAAGGAACGUAUUAUUUCAAAUUUUCAACAGUGCACCAAGCAUCUCUCUUUGUGUGUGAUAAAUAUUUGUUCGUGUCGAAAACUGUGUUUUUGAUAUACAGUGACCGGAGUGAUAAAAAUUCGACUUGUGUCCACGUACCGGCCUAAACAUUAUUGGCGUUAAUAAAAUUGUCAAAAUUCCAGUAGCCAAGCAAAGUCUCGGAAUCGCCCGUGAGGGUACAACCAUGGGCCAAAUUCCGGAAAACACUCACACAUUAUUUGCCUUCCUACAAAACAACCGGCUCGAUCAUGUAAGCCAAGUAAUGGGUUAUCAUCCCUCUUAUCUGGAUCACUUUCUUAAAACCCAAAAUUUCAUCUUACGUGGAGAUGGUCCCCUACCAUACGACUAUAGGCAUUACAUAGCCAUAAUGGCUGCUGGAAGGCACAACUGCAGCUAUUUAAUAUCACUGCAAAAACAAGAAUUUUUGCUUCAAGGUGGGGACCACAACUGGUUGAAGGGCCUAAAUGCGAUACCAAAAAAGUUAAGGAACUUGUACGAUAUAAAUAAAACCCUGGCUCACAGGCCGUGGCUGCUAAAUAAGUCUCAUAUUGAGAAAUUGACAAAAGGUGAAGAUAGUUGGUCUUUGGCUGAAGUGGUACACGCUAUAGUAAUUCUUACUCACUUCCAUUCCCUGUGCUCCUUCGUCUUUUCUUGUGGCGUAAAUCAAGAACUUGGCGAAGACGGGGAAUGUCCAUGCAAUUGUUCCGCCGGAGCAGUUGGAUUGACCAAUGUUAGUUGUAGUAGUAAUCCCAAAGAUAUACCCAUUGUAGAUACGAGACAAGACUGGAAAAAUACCGCGAGUCCUCCAUCACCCACCGAACCAGAAGUUGGCAUUACGACGCUGAUGCAACGAAUGAAGACACUCAGCGAACAAACGGAGGAGUUCAACCCCUCCGAGCUGGCCAAGCGGUUCGAAAACAUCGAGACCCAGAGCGCCGAAUUGGCCGUGGUCGGCUCGGAACCGGCCGAAACUCCCGCCGAUGUGAGCUGCUUCGUGGACGAUGCCACCUUCAUCUACCACGAUUUCGCCAAAAGGGGAGAGCAGAGUGAGAUUUCCACCUUUAGAGUGCAGGACUAUUCGUGGGAUUAUCACGGCUACUCCCUAGUUAAUAGAUUGUAUAAUGAUGUAGGGAACCUACUCGACGACAAGUUUAAGACUGCUUACAACUUGACUUAUUACACAAUGGGCGGUCGAACAGAUGUGGACACGUCGCGAUUCCGUAGGGCAAUUUGGAAUUACAUACAGUGUUUGUUGGGAAUACGACACGACGAUUAUGAUUACGGGGAGAUAAAUGCAUUGCUGGAACGAUCUCUUAAAACGUUUAUAAAGAGCGCCUGCUGUUAUCCUGAAAGAGUUACCAAGAAGGAUUACGACAGAGUACUCAGGGAAUUCAAGCACAGUGAAAAGGUCCACGUAAAUCUGAUGGUAUUAGAAGCCAGGAUGCAAGCUGAACUGUUGUACGCCUUACGCACAGUAAAUCGUUAUAUGACAAAUUAGCGUUUGAAAAGAGGCCCAUGUUGUCAAAAGCUAAGUUUAAAAUUUUGUAUAGAUUACUAUUUGCACAGUCCUACAUGAAAACAAUGUGUUAUUGAUUUUUUCGUUUUUAUUGUGAAUUUUUUAAGCAUGUAUGUGAAAUAAUUAAAAGUUCAUGUCAUGCAAAAUAUUGUAUUUGUGAUUAUUAUAAUUAGGGUGUCGUCGGAAUGAAUUAUUCGGUAUCAGUAAAUCAGUUAGAGAACACAACGAACAUUUUGGACACUUUUCAGUGUGCUAUAUUUUAAACAGAAAUAAUGGAAGGGGUAACAUAUAUUUUUCUAUCCUUUUUAAAAAACUGAUUCGUCAGCUUUGUUACAAAUCUGAAUAAUGUAGUUCUUGAAACACCCUCGAAUGUUUAGAUAUUUUACGAACAAUCUAUAACUGUAGAGUACGUAUUGAUAUUUUAUAUGCAUUAAAACUUUUUCUACUGUGUUUUGUUAAUUAAAUGUUUAUAGACAGUAGAACAAGAGCUUUGCAUAUUUACUACAUAUUAAAUAUGUGACCACAAUUGUACAUAAUAAAAGCUAAUUCAAUUCUUUUUGGACCACACAAAUUAUAUCUUUCAAAUACCAGGACCAAAUGAUUCAAAUGAGACCAACAUGUCCAUAUUCGAUGCAUAAGUUUCCCCAAAAUCAAAAUAUAUUUAUCUUACAACGACAAUAAGGAAAUGUUUUGUUUUAAGCUGUGGUUACUUGUUGAUCCAAAAUCUAUGAAUUGAAUAUGUAGUUAUAUCUUAUAUCAUUUAUAAUGUGUAAAUAUGAAUACUUUUUAAUUAAGAAAGUUUAUAAAAGAGCUUUCCUUAUUUUUUAUAUGAUUAAAGUUUGUAAAUUGUUUAAAACGUGUUAGACUGUGAUUUAACACCAUUAUUAUCAUGUCAGCUGAAAGAAAAUCUUUUUAAAGUGUACAUCCAAUAUUUAUUAUUAUCUUUUGCUAAUUGGAUAUUUUAUUGUAAAUUAUAUGAGCAACAAUUUUCUCAUCAUUAAUAUUAGCUUUUAAUAAGUUGUUUUUAAAUUGGUAACAGUUUUCUGCUAAAGUUUAAGGAGGCUGGAAUUACUCUCAACACAUGUUACUGACGGUUCACAUUCAGUAGCAGUAAUAUAGCAUGAAAUCGAGUUAUGAUUUAAAUUUUAAACAUUAUGACAGAGAAAAUAUCUGUUUUAUCUUGAUCUCAGUAUUAAUUUAAAAUUUCUUAUUAUUAGUAUAUUUUCACUGCCAUAUAAAUAAAUCAUAUAUUUAAUACAAAAUUUAACAACAUAAUAGAACUACCAAGUGUACCUUCAUUUCAAAAAUAGCUUUUAAAUUAUGACAUAACAAUUAAAUAUUAUUAUUUUUUAUUUGUUUAUGAUUCAAUAUUGCUAUUUUCAGAAAUCAUACAGAAUAAAUUCUAAUUUUGUAAUUAUAUGUAGAAAUAUCAGAAUGCUGUGAUGUUAAAUUUUUUGUAUUUAUUUGAAAAAGUGGUUGAUCUAAUCUAUUAUUUUUCCAUAAUAAAUGAAUAAAUAGUUUGUUGUCACCUACUGAACUGUAAUAAAAAUAUUCCAUCAAUUUUUCUAAAUUAUAAAAUUAUGAAAAAAUUUUAGAUUAUCAUUGACAAAAAAUUACUACUUAUAAGAAAUACAAAAAGGUCAACCAAAUUAAGAAAAAAAACGAAUAAAUAUACAUUUUCUUUUUAAUUAUACACCAAUUAUAAUUUUUCACAAAUAACGUGAAUAGUAUGUUUUAAUUAAAAAUCAACGUCAGCCGCUAUAGGUGUAUUUUAUGUAUAAUUAUUAAGAUAAAUUUAUGUGAUGCUUAUUAUGAUCCCUCAUUAAAUCACAGUUAAGUUGUUACGGGAUUAUUCUCCAUUUUGUGAUAUUUAUCUGUAUGUGAUUACUGUGUAAUAGAUUUUAGAUUGUUUCAAUUGAAUACCUAAGUUUUGUUGAUGUUUAACCAUAGACUUAGUGAGAUGUUUUAAUUUAAUUAAUCCACCUUAAAAUAAAGUAGUUUCAUGCUAAA